GCCCCGGCCCCGCCAGCGCAGCGCGGACCGGCCGAGCGCACCCAGCCCGGCGCGACCCCCGGCGCUCUCCCUCCCUCCUCGCCAUGUCCCUCAAGCAAGCGGCGGCGGCGGCGCAGCCCGCCGGCAACAACCGCAAGCCCCCCGGCGGCGGCGGCCCCGGCCUCCCGUCAGCCGCGGGGAGGCAGAACAUGGGAAGAGGCCGCAGCAGUGGCAAAGGACCACCUCAGCCUACGAUUUCUUUCGAUGGCAUCUAUGCAAACAUGAGAAUGGUUCACAUACUCACAUCAGUUGUUGGAUCCAAAUGUGAAGUACAGGUGAAAAAUGGUGGUAUAUAUGAAGGAGUUUUUAAAACCUACAGUCCUAAGUGUGAUUUAGUGGUUGAUGCUGCUCAUCGGAAAACUGCAGAAUCCAGUUUGGGGCCAAAACGGGAGGACAUCCUAGAGAGUAUCUUGUUCAAGUCUUCAGACUUUGUUAUGGUGCAUUUUAAGGAUAUGGAUACCAAUUAUGCCAGAAGAGAUGCUUUUACUGAUUCAGCCAUCAGUGCUAAAGUUAAUGGAGAACACAAGGAGAAGGAUCUGGAACCAUGGGAUGGAGGAGAGAACACGGCUUCCGAGGAGCUGGAGGCGCUGGAGACAGAUGUCUCUAAUGGAUGGGAUCCCAAUGACAUGUUUCGUUACAAUGAAGAAAAUUAUGGUGUAGUGUCAACUUAUGACAGCAGUUUAUCUUCUUAUACGGUGCCAUUAGAAAGAGAUAAUUCAGAAGAGUUUUUAAAACGGGAAGCCAGAGCAACUCAAUUAGCAGAGGAAAUUGAAUCAAGUGCCCAAUACAAAGCUCGGGUUGCCUUGGAAAAUGAUGAAAGGACAGAAGAAGAAAAAUAUACUGCUGUUCAGAGAAAUGCUAAUGAAAGAGAAGGACAUGGUGUGAACACUAGAGAAAAUAAAUACAUUCCACCUGGACAGAGGAACAGAGAUGUCUUGUCUUGGGGAAGUGGAAGACAAAACUCACCGAGGAUGGGCCAGUCUGGAUCAGGCCCACCAAUCUCAAGGUCUGGAUCCCACACUUCAGAAUUCAGCCCUAACUCUGGAGCGGAUCAAAGAGUAGUUAACGGAGGUGUUCCCUGGCCAUCGCCUUGCCCAUCUCCUUCCUCUCGCCCACCUUCUCGCUACCAGUCAGGUCCCAACUCUCUUCCACCUCGGGCAGCCACCCCUACACGGCCGCCCUCCAGGCCCCCCUCGCGGCCCUCCAGGCCCCCGUCUCACCCCUCUGCUCAUGGUUCUCCAGCUCCUGUCUCUACUAUGCCUAAACGCAUGUCUUCAGAAGGGCCUCCACGGAUGUCUCCAAAGGCUCAACGGCACCCUCGAGGUCACAGAGUCUCUACUGGUAGGGGUACAAUUUCAAGUGGCUUAGAAUUUGUAUCUCAUAAUGCACCUGGGGAAGCAUCUACUGCUGCAGUGGCACGAGGCAGCCCUUCAGGUGGGACGUGGUCAUCAGUUGUCAGUGGGGUUCCGAGAUUAUCCCCUAAAACACACAGGCCUAGGUCUCCAAGGCAGAGCAGCACUCCCAUGGGACCAGCUCUGCCUUCUCCUCAGCCUGGUACUAUUCCCACUGAAUCUGUUGCCAUGCCUGUUCCAGCUGCCUCUCCUACACCUGCCAGCCCUGCAUCCAACAGAGCAGUCACCCCUUCCAAUGAAGCUAAAGAUACAAGGCUUCAGGACCAGAGGCAAAAUUCUGCAACUGGAAACAAGGAGAAUAUAAAGCCAAGUGAGACUUCUCCUAGUUUUUCUAAACCUGAAAACAAAGGUGUCUCUCCAAUUGUUUCAGAGCAUAGAAAACAGAUUGAUGAUUUAAAGAAAUUUAAGAAUGACUUUAGGUUACAGUCCAGUUCCUCUUCAGAUGCAGUGGAUCAGCUGCUAAACAAAACCCGAGAAGGUGAAAAAUCAAGAGAUGUAGUUAAAGAAAAAACAGAGUCCACCCCUAAAGAAUCUAUCAUAGAAGCUGGCAGUAACACCAACUCCAAUGGUGGCAGUAGCAAACCCAAUAGUCCCAGUAUUUCUCCUUCCAUAAGUAACAGCUCUGAGCAAAAGCGAGGGCCUGAGGUGACUUCCCAAGGUGUACAGACAUCCGGGCCUGGAAGUAAACAAGAUAAAGAGGAUAAAGAGGAGAAGAAGGAUACUUCAGAGCAAGUUAGAAAAUCAACACUUAAUCCUAAUGCUAAAGAGUUCAACCCUCGAUCUUUUGCUCAACCGAAACCUUCUACUACACCAACCUCCCCUCGUCCUCAAGCUCAGCCCAGCCCCUCCAUGGUGGGGCAUCAGCAGCCAACCCCUGUGUACACUCAGCCUGUUUGUUUUGCACCAAAUAUGAUGUACCCGGUUCCAGUGAGUCCAGGCGUGCAGCCUUUGUAUCCUAUUCCCAUGACGCCCAUGCCAGUGAACCAAGCCAAGACAUAUAGAGCAGGUAAAGUACCAAAUAUGCCCCAGCAGCGGCAAGACCAACACCACCAGAGCACCAUGAUGCAUCCUGCCUCAGCAGCAGGCCCUCCAAUUGUAGCUACUCCACCUGCUUACUCUACACAAUAUGUUGCAUAUAGCCCCCAACAGUUUCCUAAUCAGCCUCUUGUGCAGCAUGUGCCACACUACCAAUCUCAGCAUCCUCAUGUUUAUAGCCCUGUAAUACAGGGCAACGCUAGGAUGAUGGCCCCACCAGCACACGCACAGCCGGGUUUAGUAUCUUCCUCUGCAACACAGUACGGUGCGCAUGAACAGACACAUGCUAUGUAUGCAUGUCCCAAAAUACCAUACAGCAAGGAGACAGGCCCUUCUUUCUACUUUGCCAUUUCCACUGGCUCACUUGCUCAGCAGUAUGCCCACCCUAAUGCUACCCUGCAUCCGCAUCCUCCGCAUCCUCAGCCUUCUGCCACCCCAACUGGCCAGCAGCAAAGCCAACAUGCUGGAAGCCACCCUGCUCCAAGCCCCGUGCAGCACCACCAGCACCAGGCUGCCCAGGCCCUGCACCUGGCCAACCCCCAGCAGCAGUCGGCGAUUUACCACGCAGGUCUAGCUCCAACCCCUCCUUCCAUGACGCCAGGCUCCAACACGCAGUCUCCACAAAACAAUUUUCCUACAGCACAACAAACAGUCUUCACCAUUCAUCCCUCCCAUGUUCAACCUGCAUAUACCAAUCCGCCACACAUGGCCCAUGUCCCCCAGGCUCAUGUACAGUCAGGAAUGGUUCCUUCUCACCCAACUGCCCAUGCUCCAAUGAUGCUAAUGACGACACAGCCUCCCGGUGGUCCCCAAGCCGCCCUCGCUCAAAGUGCACUACAGCCCAUUCCAGUCUCGACAACAACACAUUUCCCCUAUAUGACCCACCCUUCAGUACAAGCCCACCACCAACAGCAGUUGUAAGGCUCAUCUGGAAUAACUGAAAGGCUGGAUACCUUUUGUAGGCCAAAUACCCUCCUUCUACUGCUUCUGCCAACUGGAAGCACAGAAAACUAGAAUUUCAUUUUAUUUUGUUUAAAAAAAAAAAAAUUUUUUUUUUUUUUUUGAUUUCUUGUAACAUCCACUAGGAAUGCUAACAGUUCAUCUUGCAGUGGGAGAGAUUCGGACUGAGUAGAGGCAUUUAGGAACUUGUGGGCUAUUCCAUAAUUCCAUGCACUGUAUCUGAGUCCUGCAAGUGCCCCAACUCUGCUUGCUGAAAACUGGAAGUUAUUUAUUUUUUAAUGACCCUUCAAAGUUAUGAACUCGUCAGCUAGCAAAAGAAGUAACAAGAGUGAUUCUUGCUGCUAUUAUCACUAAAAAUCAAGACUUGGAGAUCCCUUUUACUUCUAACUAAACUUGAAACAGGUUCAGUAAAAAAAAAAAAAAAUUCUAAUCGUCAAACGGAUGAGUUAUUAUUUAUAAAUCACGUUUGAUGAGAUAAUCACUAUCGUGAGACAGUGAUGUAACUUUUAAGUUAAGAAAACUUUUACUUUGUAGAUAAUAUAAAAUAAAAACUUAAAAAAAAAAUUAAAAAAUAAAAAAAGUUUUAAAAACUGA